AAAAGGGAACGAAGCAAUUGAAUCCUUAGAUUUUCAUCUCCAAUUUCUCAAUCUGUAAACCGUCGAUUUAAGGAUACGAGGGUUUGAGAUCGGUCGAGAAACCGAGAACUUGAAGAUCGUGUAAGAAAAUGGCGUGGUUUCGAGCUGGAUCUAAUCUGGCAAAGCUUGCGCUCAGGAGAACGUUGUCACAGGGUGGAACAUAUGCAUCAAGAACACGAAUCGUUCCUUCAGGACGUCAAUACUUUCAUACAACUGUUUCAAAAUCGAAAGCACAAUCUGCACCUGUCCCUCGGGCAGUUCCGCUUUCCCGGUUAACCGAUAGUUUCCUAGAUGGGACGAGCAGUGUCUACCUGGAAGAGCUUCAGAGAGCUUGGGAGAAUGACCCAAAUAGUGUCGAUGAGUCGUGGGACAAUUUCUUUCGAAACUUUGUCGGCCAGGCUGCUACGUCUCCCGGAAUAUCGGGCCAAACAAUACAAGAAAGCAUGCGGUUGUUGUUGCUUGUGAGAGCUUACCAAGUUUACGGUCACAUGAAAGCAAAAUUGGAUCCGUUGGGUCUAGAACAGAGGGAGAUUCCUGAUGAUUUAGAUCCCGCUCUUUAUGGGUUCAGUGAAGCUGAUUUAGAUCGGGAAUUUUUCCUUGGUGUAUGGAGGAUGUCCGGGUUUUUGUCCGAAAAUCGUCCCGUGCAAACUCUAAGAGCGAUAUUAACGAGACUCGAACAGGCUUAUUGUGGAAACAUUGGCUACGAGUACAUGCACAUUGCUGACCGGGAACAAUGUAAUUGGUUGAGAGACAGAAUCGAGACUCCGACUCCGAUGGCAUAUAACAGUCAACGACGUGAGGUCAUCCUUGAUCGACUCAUUUGGAGUACUCAGUUCGAGAACUUCUUGGCUACCAAGUGGACAGCCGCUAAGCGGUUUGGACUCGAAGGUGGUGAAACGUUAAUCCCCGGUAUGAAAGAGAUGUUUGACCGGUCAGCGGAUCUCGGUGUCGAGAGCAUCGUGAUUGGAAUGUCUCACCGAGGAAGACUGAACGUUUUAGGUAACGUUGUUCGGAAACCACUUCGUCAAAUUUUCAGUGAAUUCAGCGGUGGCACAAGACCGGUGGAUGAAGUCGGGCUCUACACGGGAACCGGUGACGUCAAGUAUCAUCUCGGAACUUCUUAUGAUCGCCCGACAAGGGGUGGAAAGCGAAUUCAUUUGUCAUUAGUUGCAAACCCGAGUCACUUGGAAGCCGUAGAUCCUGUUGUAGUUGGCAAAACUCGAGCGAAACAGUAUUACUCGAAUGAUAUCGAUAGAACAAAGAACAUGGGUAUUUUGAUUCAUGGAGAUGGAAGCUUCGCCGGCCAAGGUGUGGUCUACGAGACUUUGCAUCUUAGCGCUCUUCCAAAUUACACGACCGGGGGCACGAUCCACAUUGUCGUCAACAAUCAAGUUGCGUUUACCACCGAUCCAAAGUCAGGGAGAUCUUCACAGUAUUGCACCGACGUUGCUAAAGCUUUGAACGCACCCAUUUUCCAUGUCAACGGUGACGACGUUGAAGCGGUUGUUCAUGCUUGUGAGCUUGCAGCGGAGUGGCGCCAGACAUUCCAUUCUGAUGUCGUGGUUGACAUCGUUUGUUAUCGUCGUUUUGGGCAUAAUGAAAUCGAUGAACCUUCGUUUACCCAGCCCAAAAUGUACAAGGUUAUCCGGAAUCACCCCUCGGCGCUCGAAAUUUACCAAAAGAAGCUUCUAGAAACCGGUCAAGCAACGAAAGAAGAUAUUGAUAGAAUACAAAAUAAGAUUACCUCGAUCCUAAAUGAAGAAUUCUUGGCCAGCAAGGAUUACGUCCCUCAACGAAGGGACUGGCUUUCAGCUUACUGGACGGGAUUCAAGUCCCCCGAACAGCUUUCACGUAUUCGCAACACCGGGGUCCAACCCGAGAUCUUGAAGAAUGUUGGGAAAGCAAUUGCAACCCUUCCGGAAAAUUUUAAGCCACACAGAGCGGUUAAAAAGAUAUUUGCAGAUCGUUUAAAGAUGAUCGAGACAGGAGAGGGUGUUGAUUGGGCGGUUGCCGAAGCCCUCGCUUUUGCAACGUUGCUUGUGGAAGGUAAUCACGUGAGGUUGAGUGGUCAAGAUGUCGAGAGAGGUACUUUCAGUCAUAGGCAUUCGAUACUACAUGACCAGGAAACGGGUGAGCGAUACUGCCCCUUGGACCACGUAGUAAUGAAUCAAAACGAAGAAAUGUUCACUGUAAGCAACAGCUCUCUUUCGGAAUUUGGCGUUCUUGGAUUUGAAUUGGGUUAUUCGAUGGAAAAUCCGAAUUCACUGGUGUUGUGGGAAGCCCAAUUUGGUGAUUUUUCUAACGGAGCACAGGUGAUCUUCGAUCAAUUCUUGAGCAGUGGGGAGGCGAAAUGGCUACGCCAAACCGGGUUGGUCGUGUUGCUACCUCAUGGUUAUGAUGGUCAAGGCCCGGAACAUUCUAGCGCAAGACUAGAACGCUUCCUUCAGAUGAGUGACGACAAUCCUUUUGUUAUACCCGAGAUGGAACCGACACUGCGAAACCAGAUUCAAACUUGCAAUUGGCAGGUUGUCAACGUUACAACUCCGGCAAACUAUUUCCAUGUCCUCCGUAGGCAGAUCCAUAGGGAAUUCCGUAAGCCGCUUAUUGUGAUGGCACCAAAAAACUUGCUCCGUCACAAAGACUGCAAAUCGAAUUUAUCCGAGUUUGAUGAUGUCCAAGGUCAUCCUGGUUUUGACAAACAAGGGACGAGAUUCAAGCGCUUGAUCAAGGAUCAGAACGAUCACUCGGAUCUUGAAGAGGGAAUUAGACGUUUAGUUCUUUGCUCCGGAAAGGUUUAUUAUGAACUUGAUGAAAAACGAAAGUCAACCGGAGGAAAAGACGUAGCUAUUUGUCGUGUGGAACAGCUUUGCCCUUUCCCGUAUGAUCUCAUUCAGCGCGAACUGAAACGUUAUCCAAAUGCAGAAAUUGUUUGGUGUCAGGAGGAGCCAAUGAACAUGGGGGCCUACAGUUACAUUGCCCCUCGCCUUUCCACCGCCAUGAAAGCGCUGUCUCGAGGUAACAUAGACGACAUCAAAUACGUGGGCCGUGCUCCAUCUGCUGCCACCGCAACUGGUUUCUACACAGUUCAUGGUAAGGAGCAGUCGGAACUUGUCGAGAAUGCCAUAAAGUCUGAUUCCAUCACAAACCCCACACUUAGCUAGACCCUAUUCGAUACAAAUUACGACCAAACUUCAAAAGGUAUGAGACCUUCACCUAUACUUGGUCAAUUAUACACAUAGUUUGCAGGGAUUUCCGCCCUCGCUUUUAAAAGGUGUGUAAUAAUCGCAUCGUGAACUCGCGUUUGUUCGAGGUUCAUAUACAAUCGUUAAUCAACAAGAACUAACCAACGUGCUUUUGUUCUA